CCCUGCGUGGCUCCUCCUCCUCCUCCUCCUCCUCCUGUAGUUUUAAGAGGCAGCUGAAGGCAGGACAACGGUGUGAAGAGGAAAGCAGCUGCUGCAGCACGACUCAUUUUAGCAACAUGUCUUUAUAUCUGCUGCUAUUGAUGGGGGCUUUUAUGGUGUUGACCACAGCUCAGCCCCCCUGUGACCCCCAGACCCAGUAUGAGCAGGAUGGUCAGUGCUGCAACAUGUGUGGUAAAGGAACUUCCAUGACGACUUUCGGCACUUGCGAGUUUCCUCAGUGCACAGAAUGUUUGGACAAGGAAUAUCAAGAAGGAUACACAAAGGAACGCUUGUGUAAACGGCAGCCGUACUGCGAUCCAAAUUUAAACUUUGAGGUCACAAUCCAUCACAGCAAGAUAGCAAAAACCGUCUGCAAGUGUAAAGAAGGAUUCCACUGCGCCAGUGCAGAUUGUAAAGGCUGCUUGCGGCACAAAAAAUGCGGACCUGGACAAGGGGCUUAUCCCAAAGGUGACCACACUCAUGACACACAGUGUAAGGAAUGUCCAGAGGGUACAUUUUCCAAUGAGACCUCGUGGUCCAGUUCCUGCAAGACAUGGACACCAUGUGAGGAGCAAUUCUACACUGAAGAGGAAGGAACGCCGACAUCUGACAGAAAAUGUGCAGCACCAUCACGGCAACAUAUCAUACUAGCAAUCGUUGUUAUAUUGGCCGUUUUUGUGGUUGCAGCUGUAAUCAUGAUCUUCUUCUGCAAAGGUCGCAUGAGGGAAAAGGCAAAGCCCUGCAUUGAAUUAUGUCGGGGAAACGAACAUCAGCCACUUCCAGACACUGGGAUGAAGACACCAGAGGAAAACGACGCCGAGCAAAGUCUCCUGGAAAUGAGCUCAGAGGGUCCUGUGACUGUCAGGGGAAAUCCUGUGAGGGAAGAGGAUGGAAAAAGUGAAAUCGUCUCUAGACAGGAAUCUCAACCAGAUACAUGCCCAAGUUUUUAAUCUGAAUGUAGAAAUGGUUCUGAAUGUAACCAGAGGAGUGAACUAUGAUGAUUAACAGAUUAGUUAGAAGCUAUGUUGAGCUUGAAGUCAGAGUCACGAAGGUGGCGCUCUUUCUAGAUCACCACGGUAACCUAUACAAAGCAGGUUCUCUUCAGAGUUUGGGAUUUAAAUGUUGCUGGAAGAAGCACCUCACUUUGUCCAAGUCUUUUUCUGAUGAUUCUCUGUAAUGCAGCUCCUCAGGUGAGAGAAAAUGUUGUAUCUGCAAACUGGUUGAGCUAUAUGAACAAAGCAGUGCAGUUACAGAGUGUAAACUGGUUGUGCUGCAUUGCCAUGGGAACCUGCAUGUAUUCAAGUGGUGAUAAUUGCAAAAACGUGUUUUAAUGUUUUGUCCUGAUUUGCUGCCAAGUCCGUUUUGCACUGCUGGCACUGCAGCUGAUAGAGCACAGAUUGAAAACAUGGUUAGGUCAUUGGUAUUUAUUACCAAUAAUAUUUAAUCAUUAACAUUGUUUCCACAUAUCAUUCCUCAUGGGACAGUGUCACACCUAAAUGGACUUCUUCUAUAUCAUGUUUAAAUGAAGUUUAAAGUUUCAGACCUCAAAUGUGCUGCUGUCGUGUUAGAAAUAGCAGCUGCACUGAGACUCACUGACUAGUAAACUAUAUGUAUAUUGAUUCACAUGAUUAACAGUUUUUGACAAGCAUUCCUCUCGUGCAUUGUUUGCCCUAACAAAUUUUCAUAUUCCUCUUACUGUGAUAACCUGUUUGUUUUUGCUGAAGUAUUUGGUGCACGAUUGGGCCACUUCAUGUGGAAGAAGAGUCACCUGGUGCAAAAAACAUCUCCUUUAAUGUGAGUGCACACAGAGUCGGAUGAAAAAGACCUGUUUGACAAACAAAGUAGAAACCACAUUCAGGAUACCCAUUUUCUCUGACGGGUUUUCGGUUUUGUCGAGCCAGGUUACACAAAGAGGGUCUGGCUAUAUCAAACUUGCUUCAUAGUAGACCUGCAUUUUUUUGUAUUGCUGUUUCCUUUGGCAAUAAUUCUCCAAAGCUAUAAAUGUAUGUAUUUUGUUUUCCUUGAGAAAAAUUUAAAUGUACAAAUCAUGUGCUGAAACACUGUUGUUGUAGUGUAACAAUGUAAGAGGAAUGUGUUAAUAAUAAUGUUGUUUUUUGUUGUAUUAUAAUGUAAGAUGAUGUCGAUGAUAGGUUUUGACACAAAGCUUCUGUAUAUAUUUGCAUGGCGUACUUGCAUUAAAUUUCUGUGCGUUCAUUUUUAAAA